AAACACUCAGAGGCAGGCUGUUUUCUCCUCUCUACACUCAGUACCUGCUCUCAGUGUUUACAGUGCGUGUUUCCUCCAGCAUGUUUUGGCACGGCCGGCCGAGUCUUGACAGAGCUCCAGGAUCACCGUAAAGCUCUCAGGACAGAGCUGUUGAAUUCAACGGAUCACAGUGAGAAGGGGGAAUCGGUGCCUAAAGGAAAGGAGAGUCUGGAUUAGUUGAGGCUAUACGACCACCUCGGAAAGAAAAAGGAUUUCACUUUGUGAUGACUGACCGGGAACACCUUUAACCCCUCUUUUGGUAUCAAAUAAACCGGACUAUUUUCUGACUGGAUCUUCUGUGGAAAACAGUGCUGCUUCCACAAGUGUAAUCCCUGAAAACCAUGUAUACAAAUGGAACAAUCGAUCACUGCAGAGUACCCGAUAACGCCACGUACCAAACCCUCUCCUGUCUGAUGAUGGGAGAGUUUGUGCUGGGUCUGCCUCUCAAUCUGUCCGUCCUCUAUGUCUUCAUCUUCAGGUUCAAGUUCUGGAAGAACAAAAGUAUCUUCCUGUUUAAUAUUGUGGUUGCCGAUUUCCUGCUGGUGGUCUGUCUCCCUGCUGAGGCCUACCACUACUGGAACGGCACGAGGCGCAGCAAGAACCCGGUGGUGUGCAAACUGAUGCUCUCCAUGCUGUUUCUCAACCGCGGGGCCAGCAUCGCCUUCCUCAUCAUUCUGUCCAUCGAUCGCUACUUCAACGUGGUGCACCUCGGACGGAAGAACCUCGUCAAGGUGUUGAAGAAAUCUCCUCAGAUUUCCAUCCUCAUCUGGCUCCUCUUGCUGCCCCUCACCAUCCCCACCAUGGUGGAGACGUUCGAGUGCUGCAACAGCCACGGCCGAGCGGUGGAGACUUAUUACCACGAUGUGACCGACACCUUCAGAGAGGUGGUCUUCUUCACCCAGAUCGUCAUCCCCUUCAUCAUCCUCGUGUACUGUUCUGUGCGCAUCGUGAACCGGCUUAGAAAGAAGACGGUGGGCGAGAAGACCAAACUGAGACGAGCCGUGUGGGUGGUCAUGUCGGUCGUGGUCGUCUUCUCCAUCUGCUUCCUGCCCUGCACCAUCGGCCGAGCGGUGCUGCUCGCCGUCCGGCUGCAGAACUGGUUAAAAGAGGAGGAAGUCGCCGUUCAGGUCUACGACGGCCUCAUGGUUUUAUCGUACAUUGACUGCCUGCUCGACCCGCUCAUUUAUUGCUUCUGUAACUCGGGGUUUAAAGACGCUUACAUAUCCACCUUCUGUCCGACCUGUCUUCAGAAGAGAUUGAUAAACUCAGACUUUACGUUGGGGACAACGGAAACACAUACGAUGUCUGGAGGUAGAACAACAACAGAUAAAUUUUCAACUUAGGUUGUUAUUAAAAACUAUCUCAGAAGCAGAACAGGUACACCCACACAAGAGUUUUUGUGCAUGUGGCAGAUGAGAUGUAUUCUCUGAAAAUGUUAAUCUGGGGCUGUGUAUAUCUAUUCUGUGUGCACAAUUUAGCUGUAACCUUCCAUAGCAAUAAGCUAAAAUCAUGUUUAAAAAAUGCAGUCUACAUUUUUUUUUACAUAAUAUGUGGUCAGUUAAGUUGCAGUCAUGUUUUUCUUUCUUCAGGUGUAAAUAGCAGAAAUAUUUUUGUAAUCCUCCUUUAAAAGCUUUAUAUGCCAUAAAUGUAAUAGAAAUCAAGUAUAUCCUCUGAAAAUAACUCUGCGAGUCAUGA